AAUCUUAGUUGGAAGGUGCAGGGGCCUGCCGUGUUUUAAUUUUCAGCUUGUGGGGGGUGAUCGGAAAUGUCAGUUGUGAAGAGAGGCUUGUUCGCUUCUGAUCACAAGUUCAAAGAUUUCCUGCAGGUGCUGCGGCGGUUUGGGGGCUGCCCCACUCCUAACGGCAGAGGCUUUUCUCAACACAUCAUGAGUGCCUGUCCCCAUCAAGUUCCGGUGGCUGUGUUCCGUCGAUAUGGUUCAUCAUUUUUCCACAAAAGAGCUUCCACCAAACCUGACUCAUCUACUAAGGUGAAGGAAAACUUGGGGAAAAUUGAAGCCCCACUUCCGCCAGUACCUCCCAAACCCAGCUUCUCUGCUUGGGCAAGAUGGGUUUUCGGCAUUGUAUUAUCUCUGCUGCUACCUUUUUGGAAUUCAAAGUGGAGAAAAUUGCAACAGUUAGAAGGAGAGGUGGAGAUGGUGGCUGAGGAGGUAGAAAGAGUGGCAGAGAUAGUAGAAAAGGCAGCAACAGUGGCAGAGAAGGUGUCUGCAGAGGCAGCAGAGAAGCUCCCUGAUAAUGGCAAACUCAAAGAAGCCGCUUUAUUUGUAGAACAUGUGUCCAGAGAGACUGCUAAAGAUGCUCAUCUCACUCAAGAUUUCAUUCACAAGGUUCCAACCAAGCUUUUCCAUCUCUCUCUCUCUCUCUCUCUCUUCCUUUUUGCUUCUUUUGCAGUCAUAUUUGUCUGAUUAUUUUGUGGAUAGGUUGAUGCCUUGAAGCAAGAUUUUGAGGAGCUGGAGACAGUGGUUCGGCCCCUAAUCCCUAAGACCCCCUAGCCGAAGAAUCUUGUUGACAGAAUGCAUACACAUACGUAGUACAUGAUAUGGCAGGCAACUCUUUCUUUAUUUUCCUUUUUUUUUUUUUUUUGGUUUCAUUCAUUACAUGCAACACUGCCAAAUAAAGUAAAGAGCAAUUAUAUGCGUGGUAUAUAUAUAUAUAUAUAUAUUUGCGUGUGUGUACA